AUGGGGAGCACAAGAAGUGAAUAUUGUGUCUUCAUGAACUAUGAUCGAGAAUACAAUCGACUUCAAAAUAAUCGAACUGAGAGAGGGGCAAUUGAGCUUGAUUUGUACCUUAGUAGAAAGCAUGAUGAGGUUUUAGCAAGAAGUUUAGAGGCAGGAAGCUACAACAAGAUAACAUCUUUGGCUAUUGUUGAUGCUUUCAUAGUGGAAAUCAGUGAGGAACAAGCUAAUGUGGUUAGAUCAGCAAAUGGAGUGAGAGUUGUGGAGAAAAAUGAAGUGGUAUAG